UGGCGCUCUAGGUUUGUCUAUUUACUAAUCAGGAAAAUACACUAUGGCAGACGACCACACUAAGCAUAUUCGAUUGAUAUCAAGAGCACUAUCUUUGCUGCCAAUGACGUUGAAGGAUGGACCUUUUGUCGGCCAAAUGAAUAGAGAUAUUCUUGUAUUCAACAGCUUCGUCAAAGCUUUAAACCGUAGCUACCGCAACCUAUGCGAGAUGCUCCUACUGUCGCUGUUCCUGAAUGAUUGUGUGAAACGGGAUAGGCACGAUUAUGCCGAGCUGAGUAUCAGAAUGCCAUAUGUGGCUGACAUCAAUGCAGCACUUGGUAUGGUGAGCAAAUAUUAUUUGGAACACACGGUGACGGACGGAUCGAAAGCGAUGGAAGCCACCGAAAAGACGUUCACCUCAGCGGUCGACCUGAAAAGGGAUCUCCAAAAAGGCUUCGAAUUUUGGGACAAUGUCAUGAAGGGCAUCAAGGUACUAAAAGAGGCAAAAUCGUUCGAGGCAACUUGCAACAUGUUCCUUGAAGCGGAUGAGUGGUUGAAAUCCCGAAGACCUCAGAAUUAGGCAAGCAAAAUCCCAAUAAACCAGUUUGCAGGUGGUGGCUGAGUCAUAGCCUGCCCGUAUCAUUAGCGAGUGGAGUGGCGUCAGGGUUGAGUCAAAUGCCUCCGGACGGAGACCGCGAGGGGGUGUGGAGUGUUUACG